AUGCCAGAUCCACAACCAUUGUCGAAUCGCCAGCGCAAGAUCCGGGAGCGCCAAGCUGAGCUCAACCGAGAAUUGGCCGCCGCCAAGCGAUCCAACUCUAGGACACCGUUCCGGGAGGCCGAACUUCAAUAUCUUUCUCGCCACCCCGCACCGGACUACUCCGAGGCCUUGGACUUUCGACAACCCGUGGAGACAUUGCUGAGAGAUACAAAGAUCAAGCAAGUCCCACUACGGAGGCGGAUGUGCGAGUUCUCAGGACUGUUUGGCGUCAAAGGUGAUUCACGAGCACAGGAACAGGAGCAGGGGCAGGAUCACCUAACAGAGUAUGCAUAUCUCCAUGAGGACCAUCCCGGCCUGAUUUACAUCCCUGCGGCAUUCACACCCUCGGCGCAACGGACGCUAAUCAAAGCCUGUCUCAAGGAGUACUCACGGCACCCGAACAAGAGCAAUCUCGAUACACAUUACAUUGUCCCUAACAGCGGGAUCUGGGAUCUGCAUGAAAACGUGUUCACAGGAAAACAACCCCUGGACGACCCCAAGGUCUAUGUUCCUCGAAAGGCCACUGCAGACCAACACGCUGGCGGAUACGGCUCAGACGACGAUGAUGACAACGACGGCAACAACGAUGAUACUGACCACCACUCUGAGCACAAGACGACACAUGAGCAGCCCAAUAAGAAACCUAAGCCGUCUCGACCCUCUGUCAGGAGCUUGGUCCCUAUCACGGACGAAACUCCUACGGUACCGGACAAUGUGCCGAAGGUGGAUCCAGAACCGUCUGCGCAGGUGCCGAUCCUUCCGCCUGGACAACUCCUGCGGAAGAUGCGUUGGAUCACACUGGGGUACCAGUACCACUGGCCCUCCAAGACCUAUCACUUUGAUCAAAAUGCACCCUUUCCACAGGAGCUGUCGGUCCUGUCCAAGGCAGUGGUGGAUGCCGUCGAUGGUGUGGGGCCUUAUCCGUACGCUGCGGAUGAUUUUGUAGCAGAGGCCGGCGUCGUAAAUUAUUACCAGCUCAAGGAUCGGUUGAUGGGACAUGUCGACCGUAGUGAACUGAACAAGGACGCACCCUUAGUUUCGUUCAGUUUCGGCCAUUCUUGUAUUUAUCUAUUGGGAGGACCCACGCGGGAGAGGUCGCCUACCCCCAUUCUGCUCCAGAGCGGAGAUAUCCUCGUUAUGACCGGACCUUGCCGAUCUGCAUUCCAUGGUGUGCCAAGGAUCAUUGAAGACACUAUCCCAGAAUACCUUCGAUCUCGGCCUGAAGAACCCGAGUGGGAUAUUUAUGCCGAUUACCUUGUUGAGGCACGCAUUAAUCUUAAUAUUCGUCAAGUAUACCCACCAAACCACCUAUCAUCCCAACCAACUCCUUCUUCGUCAUAA